AGCUAAGGCCCAGAGAGCAGUGGUACAGUGAACAUUCUUGUCUCCAUUCCUCAUGUAUAGGUGAAGUUUCUUAAAGAACCUGCUGACAUGGCUGACCAUGAGACUGAUGAGCCAUCCUCCAGAACAGGGAGUCCCGAUGGAGAAGGCCGGGUCUCUGGGGAGAGACUGUUGCUGCAUCAGAGGCUGGCUGUCAGGGAGCUCAUUGACACUGAGCUCUCCUACCUGCACAUGCUCCGCCUCUGUGCUUCCGACAUCAGGAGCUGCCUGCAGCAGCUGCCCCAGGGAGAUUUGGAUGUCCUGUUCUCAAACAUCGAUGAUGUCAUCAAGGUGAACAGCAGAUUUCUUCAUGAUCUGCAAGAGACAGCAUCCAGGAAGGAGGAACAAGUGCACUUGAUUGGUAACUUAUUCCUGGAAUGCCAUGAGGAGUUGGAGCGCGUCUACAAGGUGUACUGUGCUAGCUACGACCAGGCCUUGCUGCUGCUUGACACCUAUCGGAGGGAGCCAGAGCUGCAGCGAGAGAUUCAGAGCAUCAUUGAGGCUGUGGUGCCACAAGCUGGGCCCUCUGGCCUCAGUUUCUUACUGGUAAUCCCUCUGCAGAGGAUUACCAAGUACCCAUUGCUGCUGCAGAAAAUCCUGGAGAACACCGUCCCUGAUGCCAGUGCCUACCCUGUGCUUCAGAGGGCUGUCUCUGCCCUCCAGGACGUGAACACCAACAUCAAUGAGUACAAGAGGCGCAAGGAAGUGGCCUCCAAGUACACCAAAGUGGAGCAGCUGACCCUCCGGGAGCGGCUGGCCCGCCUCAACACGCACACCCUCUCCAAGAAGACCACCCGGCUGAGCCAGCUGCUGAAGCAGGAGGCGGGGCUCGUGCCCAGGACAGAAGAUAAGGAAUUUGAUGAUUUAGAAGAGAGGUUCCACUGGGUGUCGCUCUGUGUGACCGAGAUGAAGAACAACGUGGCUGUUUACCUGGAUAAUCUGGAGGCUUUCCUCCGCUUCAGGCCCCAGGAGUACGACCUGGACAUCCCUGGCGGGCCUGUGGUACAGCACUGCAGCCUGAUGAGAGACCUCCAGCUCCAGGCCUUCCCACACUUUAAGCAGAGGCUGAAAGGCCUGGUGUGGCAGCCGUUGUGCAGCCUGGCUAAAGCCCUGGCUGGCCCUCAGAACCUGAUCAAGAAGCGUCUGGACAAACUACUGGACUUCGAGAGGGUGGAAGAGAAGCUGUUGGAGGUGGGCAGCGUGACGUACGAGGAGCAGGAGGCCCGACACAUGUACCAGGCCCUCAACUCCCUGCUAGUGGCCGAGCUCCCACAGCUGAACCAGCUGGCCACGCGCUGGCUGGGCCAGAUCCUGCGCACAUUCGUGGGCCUCCAGCGGGAGCUUGCUCAGCAAGUUCUGCAGAGGGCAGAGGGCAGUUUGGCCCAGCUGCCCCAUUACCACCUCUCGGAGCCAGCCUUCAGGAAGCUGGUGGAGGACACACUGGGCCAGACUGGUCACCAGCUUCGCUCCUUUCAAGAGAACUUUGAGAAAGUGCUGCCACCUCCCACCAUGCAACCACUCCUUCCAGGGGCUGAACGCCAGGUGCAGGCUCUCCUGAGCAGGUAUGGCCCCGAAAAGCUGUACCAGGUGACAAGCGGCGUCAGUGGGGCUGGGACUCUGGACCUGACACUGCCACGGGGCCAAAUCGUGGCUCUCCUUCAAAACAAGGACACCAGAGGCAACAGCAGUCGCUGGCUGGUGGACACCGGGGGACAUCGAGGGUAUGUGCCAUCUGGGAAACUGGAGCUAUACCGCGUCAUCCCCAGGCAGGAGGAGGUCAAAGAGCGGGAGUGGCCUCACAAGGACUCCCGUCACCUAACACCAGAGCCCACUCCAGCACCCGUUCCCUCUGUCCCAGUGGUGACCCAGGUGGUGGCAGUGUACCCCUUUGUGGCCAGAAGCAGCCAUGAAGUGAGUCUGCACGCAGGCCAGCUGGUGACUGUCCUGGAGGCCCAGGACAAGAAGGGGAACCCGGAAUGGAGCCUCGUGGAAGUGAACGAGCAGCGGGGCUAUGUGCCUUCCAGCUUCCUGGCCAGGGCCGGGAGCCCAGCUCCAUGGGGCUGGAGUGUGCCCUCCUAG